AGAAAUAAAAAUGAACAAUUAUGUUUAUGGAUAGAACUAAUAGGUCAUAAUUUAACAAUUGUUCUAUAAGAUAGAGUAGUUAAUGGCAGAAAUAUAGAAAUUAACCAACUUUUCCAAUCAAUUAAUAAUGAAUCUGUAAACUUAAGAAAACUAAUAUAAUUCACUUAAAAGAUAGUUUAACGAUGUCUGGGCUUAAUUAAAUGAGCAAUAGAAGAUCUGGUUUAAUUUAAAGAACAAUACCUAGCAUUACACUUUGUCAAAUGAAGCAUUUGUGAUGUCUAAUUUAAUAACAGACAUAAAAAGUAGAGUAUCAGAAAUAAAGGAAUUUAAUUUGUAUUAAAAUGACUAUCAAAAACAGAAAAAAUGCCAAUUGUGCUCAGAGAAAGAUUACACGAUAAGCAAUCUGAAGGCACAAUUAAAAAAAUAGGCAGAGAUUGUAUUGAAAUUACAAUUUGAUAGCGAACCAACAAAGCUUUAAACUUAAAAUAGUGAUACUAAUUAUUCUAAUCAAAGAACCCAUACAGAAGGCCUAACAAGAUAAAGAUUUACCUCUCAAAAACUAUUCCAAAGUAAUUUAACUAUUACAACAGCACCAGGCUCAAAAUAUUGAUAAUUUUAGAUUUUUUAUAUCAAAUAUUAUAUUUCAAUAAC